GCUCAGAGAGAGUCGAGCCGAUCGCAGCCGAUCUUAUACGAACUCGCACGAACUGUUGAGUAUGUGACCGAAGCUCAAAUUGUAACGGAAAUCCAGUUUAAUUGUGAUUUUGUGAACAAGUGAUAAUAAUGUUCAGAUUCUUUGUUUUCAUGGUGGUGUCUGCGCUGGUGACGGGCGAGCCGCCAGCGGAGCAGCCCGCGUCCAAGGCUCUGUCGGACGAGGCACACACACAGACAGACAGCGAGGAACCGCCCGAGGGAUACUAUGCGUUCGUCGAGUCUCCCAACGCGACGCCACCGCGGGUGCGCGCGCCCCCCUACCGGCAAGUAGCCACCGAGUGCGCGCAGGGGGCGGAAUCCCGCGCGCACGUGUCUGCAGACAACCUGUGCGGGGACCUCAACCGCGGCAUAAUUCCGCGGAACCCCAUGGGCCAGAACCCUAGCGGGGAACCCUAUCCUUUUGAGCUGAUCCGUAACCACACCCUCCGCUACCUGUCCCGUACGCUGCCCGUGCUGCGCGCCGACGACGCCCUGCCGCGCGUGGCGCACGUGGCCGCCCCCUCCCCCUCCCCCGCCGGCUACGGGCCCCCCGCGCCCAACUCGCUGUCCGAGCUACAGCACAACAGACUGGAGGAGCGCGGCAAGCGGUCCGCGGACGCGAGGGACAUGCCCAUGGAACACCGCGCCGCAGACGGCAGCGACAACCGACAGGGACGCAAGCUGUGCGAGGGAAACGGAGUAUUCUGCAUGUUAUACCGAGCAAUAAGCGGUGAAAGUAGUGGACCAGAGCGACGAGAAGAUCCCGGGGUUCCUCAUAGUCCGCACACCCCUCACAGACAUGAGGGUCCCCCCACACCAUGUCCGGCGCGCGUCGAGUACGCGACACCAGUGUUCGCCCGCAACUACCAAGGUGUUUGGCGCUAUGUCGUACAAAUACCUUAUGAAGGAUACUUCACGCAGACUGUCGAAGUCACGCGGUGCAUGCAGUCCCGCUGCCACUACCUGGACGGCGGCUGCCUGAGCUCCCCGCGCUGGGUGUCCCUCCUGGUGGCCGAGCUGCACUACCCUCCCCCGGCCGCGCCACAGCACCCAGAAACGGACUACCAGCAGCAAUACGGAGCCCCGGCCAGCGAGCCUAGCACCGAGAAGCCGCUGCACUGUGACGGCCACGACGACCUCGGCUGCUACCAGGUUCGUCUGUACUACGACUGGUUCCUCGUCCCCGGCUCCUGCAAGUGUUGGCGUCCCGACUACUUUGCCAGAUACGUUCGACGCAGGCAUAACGAACUAUAAUCACCGGAACAUAGAGGACAACGCAGGGAAAUCGUAUUAAAAUAUUUAUAUUUCCAAAGCUUAAUAUAAUUUUACUAAAUUUUAACUACUACAGACUAAGUUUUAGCACAAAGGUGAUAUAGAAUGCAUUUUUAACGAUAAGGCGGGAGGCAUCCCUAAAAACGAACUUCCUUGUGUGUGUGGCUAGAUUAUGAAAAUUGUUACAAUCUGUUUCCUUUUCAACCUGUUGGAUUAUUUUUUUAAUAUCAUAAAAAAGGGCCAAAUCAACCGAGUCUUAGCGUGAUAACACGCCCAUCAAUCCUAAUGAAUUAAUAUUAAGUAAUUCACAAGAGAGCAAAAUGUAUUUUAUUAAAAACCCUUUGUGUCUCACAAGUAAUACAUAUUAUAUUAGAUUGUGUGGCGCAAUUACCAGAUCAAUCGAUACCAAAAUUCAAGCGUCUAGUUUUAUCAACAACGAAGUUAUAGGGAGAUCGAAAAUGAGAAGCUUCGAGAAAAUGAUGAUAUGGCCGUGCCGAUUGUUUUUGCUAGACACGGCUACAAUAUAGGUGGUGACAGCUGACAGCUGUCAACAAUACUCUCAAAUGUUAAUCUCAUACGUGCUCGGUGCUGCCCGCGGCUGCCAGAUGCAACUGCUGGCAAGAAUACAUUAUUUAGUAUCUUGUAAAUUAUUGGUUGACCUUAUUUAUUAAUUUUUGUAUCAUUAAAUAAAAUUUGCUAUGAACAUAGUCUUAAGCUAGUUAUUGUAUUUCUUGGUGCUAAAAUUGUGAGACUGUCUUUUUAAGAAUCAUAAAGAAUAGACUUUUAAUUAAGUAGUACGAGUUAAAUAUUUAAUUAAUCAUCUCACAACGAAGUUUAAGCUUAAUACUUACACACUUAAGUUAAUAAAGGUAAUUAGGUAGAUAUUUGUUAUACUGUCUUGUAAUUUAAGCUACCAACACGCAUUUAUAGUUUGUAAUAAUUAGUUAUUUAUUUCUGAACUAUUAAAUUAUAAAAAGUU